UAAGGAUUGUCUUCCUGUUGCCUUUGAUAGGUAUGUAAUACUAAUUAGUAAUUAUUUCUGUUACUGGCUGUUUCCCGCGUUUUUCAUUCGUUUAUGCGGAACCUAGUGCCUAAGGAAUGUCAUAGGCUACCUCUCACUCGGUUUCGGGAAGUGGUUCAUCCGGGAUUUUUGAGUACAGUCAGCAGUUGUAGUCGGCAGUUAGCAUUCAAAACGUACCUUUAGGGAAAGUGAUGUUUUUAUGACGAGCCUAUUUUUUGGCAAACCAGUCUUUUUGUAUUAGUAAAAUAACAAAUGUCCUUUAGCGAAAACAAUGAGACAGUAAGCGUAUUGUAUGGCAUUGUUUAAAUACUGUCAUAGCAGGUAUGCAUAGUAAAUAGUAAGUAGGUAAAAUUGUUACGUACGUCAAUUAGAUUCGGUGUUUCUCGAGUGUGUUUAAAGACGAGUUUGUCCCGUGGUUACAGUCAAAUCCUGAGGCAUAUGGCGAAAUUUAUACUAUAGAAUGUCGAUCAUAAUUCGUAUAUCUAUUUUACAGUGAAAACGCAAUAGCCAGACACACUAAUAUAGAUACCCUUGUACUAAUAUAUUAUUAUGAGACAUUUUGUAUGGAAAUAAGGACAAUAGACUGAACAACAUAAUUUUUCGAACAUUACAAAAUUACAAAAGACUGCCCCAAAACAGGGUGUCCCGUUCACCACAAGUCAUAGUGUUUUUAUUCACAGAAAUAGCGGCGGAGUCCAGCUCAGUUGCCACAAUUGUAGACUAUGAGCCACUAUGGAGUUAUGAUGAAGAAUCCAAAUGGCCAGGCCACCACUGCCAGGAGGGUGGCAAGAGGCAGUCUCCCAUUGACAUUAAGACCAGUGAGGUCAUCCCGGACUUCACGAAGAUGUUCAUCAAGUAUGGACCUCUACAGUUCUCGGGGUACCAUAGGGUGCUCGUCUCUGGUAUCAAUAAUGGGCAUACAAUACAAUUCAGUUCGGAGGGCGAGGAGGCGAUUCACCCGGUGGUCACGGGAGGUCCUCUCAAGUACCUCUAUAGGUUGGAGCAGCUGCACUUCCACUGGCUUUCUGAACACUCCAUCAAUGGCGUCAAAUUCCCCAUGGAGCUACAUUUCGUUCACGUGAGAAGUGAUCUGUCAGUAGUUGAGGCGUUGGGCAAAAGGGACGGACUGGCCAUCAUCUCCGUUUUUGGCAAUGUACAAGCAGAGAUAGACGACUUCGAACCCCAUGUAACGGAGAUCAUGGAAUACAUUCCCCACCUCAUGAACACCGGAGACAGGGUCAGCGGAGUCAUCCUCGAUAUGACGAAACUAUUCAGUCCAAACAAAGAGUCGUACUACACAUACUCUGGCUCCCUGACUUCGCCUGAAUGCAAUGAAGCCGUCAUAUGGAUCAUAUUCGAUGAACCUGUCUAUUUGACUGAUGCCCAGUACCGUCAAUUCGGUAAGAUAGGCGUAGGUCGCCACAACUUCAGAAGCCUACAGAAGAUCAAGCAUCACCUGGUGUUCACGCCGGGAGAGACCAGGAUCCACAUGCCACAGAUAGCGGUCUUCUUCGGUGACGUUAUCAAGUUAUUCAGAGAAUUCUUCAGGAAAAUCGGGACGUUCAUGUCCAACGGUAUCAAGAGUCGAUAACACACAGAUUUCAAUUAGACAUGUUAUUGAAACUUCAAUGUACCGACAGAUUGGUCAACCAGAUCAGAUAGAAGUAAUGUGCCAUUUGAUACAAAUUGUCAACGAUGAUAUUGCGCUGUGCCCAAUUCAAUACAAACUUUACAUAAGAUUUCAAGGGACGGGGACUUCUUUAGAAGAAUAGUCCCUUAUCGGCGAGAUUCCACUAAAAUUGUUCGCGCAUUUAUGUUCAUGAACAAAAACUGUGUAUUAGUCCACUGCUAGCAUAUGUUUGCGGACAUUUAAAAAAGUACCAGCCUUAAUGCUAGGCUUGAACAGUCAACUUUCGUCUAGAUGUUUGUUUAGACCUGUCAUUCGGGUCUCUUAAAGGUACCUUAUUAAGUAAGGAGUAUAUUUUUAAGGGUAUGCAAAACGAUACCAAUGAAGAAAAAAUCGUAUUUGUUACGUUGUUAAAAGUAUUCGUUAUGUUCAUAUGUUGUUAACUUUAGAGUAGGUAUAGGAAUUAUUAUAAAAUAAAAAUAAGCUAUUAUUGUUAAA